AUGUCAGGUUCCUUAGUUAUCAGGCGGAAAACGGUAGCUGAACGUUUUUCUAUUAUUUCCAAAUCCUUGUUUAAUGAAAGUGUUGGCGAAUUACCGAAUCCAAAUGAUUUUGAGUCAAUCGAUGAUUAUUUGAACCAGUUGACAUUCUUAGUUCUUGAUGUUAAGUAUUCGCCAGUAGUGGUGUAUUGCUUCAAGGAAAUAAUUUAUGAAAUUAUUGCCCGCUUGGUAUCAGAUCCUUCUGUAUUUGAACAGUCGUAUCUCAAGUCCAAGAAUGUUGUUGAAAUACAAAAGCAUGGGAUAUUGGUUUUAUAUGCACUUGCUAAAAAUAUUGCACUUUUUGAUCACGAUAGAUGUGCUAGUGCCAUUGCGUUGAUAGAAAUGCUUUUGCGAGAUGUUAUUUUCCUUCAAGAUCAAGAUAAAAUGUUGAGCCAACUAGAAAUUAAUUUGAUUUUGAUCAGUUUUUAUAGAUUGUUGUGCCAUUCCCAUUCUUUCAGCAAAUAUGUCAGCCUCAAAGUUAUUAAUUUGAUCAUCAACAACUCUGAUUCUACUCCAGAAAACAAAUUAUUGGCAAUCAAGAUUUUAGUGAAGACUCUCAAUUAUUCCACCAUAACUCAAAAUAAAUUAAUCAGUGAACAAAUUGGUCAAGUCAGUUAUGUUGGUCAGUUUGAAGCCAUGGAUGAUUUCAAUUACGAAUUCUUAGAUGUAUAUGAAGGUAAAAGAAUCUCAAACUUUUUGUCUCUUCCAUGCAUUGAGAAUACUGAGGAAUCACAACACGAUUUAACAAUUCAGCCUGAAAACCUUAGUCUGCAUAUUAGAUUGGUCUAUGGGACUUUGGUUCCUAGUAUAGACAAUGCAACACGAACUGCUAGUAAAGAAAAACUCUCUAUAAAUAAAUUUGUGCCUGUCGAAUCAGCUGUUAAAUCUUUAACGGAGUUGACAAGAAAAAUCCUUGUUGGUAAACCAGUAUUAUUGUUUGGGGGGAAUGGUUCUGGGAAAUCGCUUAUACUUAACCAUCUCCAUAGAUUGAUCAGGGGUAAUGAUAAUGAUUUAGUCACGAUUCAUCUUAAUGACCAAACUGAUAUCAAGUUAUUAUUGGGUACCUAUGUCUCAUCUCACGAACCUGGGAAAUUCGUUUGGAAAGAUGGUGUGUUGACGAGUGCUGUGAAGAAUGGCAAAUGGUUGGUAAUUGAGGAUAUUGACAGUGCUAAGAACGAAAUCCUCAGUAUAUUUAGCAGUUUAGUAAAAAGCGAGGAAUUGAAAAUCAAUGGUAAUGAAAGAGUCAAGAUUAAGAAUGGUUUUCAACUUAUCGCUACUAUCAGUGUUGACGACACUGAUCAGCUUUCUAAACUUUUAAAUAGCAAUUCGAAUAUUAAAGGCGACAAUGUUUUGGAUGUUGAACAAUUCAAUUACUGGCAGCAGGUCCUUUUCGAGAAUUUUGAAAAACCGAUAUACCCGGCUGAUAGAAAAGAUAUUUUACCAGAUUUGAUCUCCUUGAACAAAUUUGAGUUGGUGUACCAUGAAUCCCCAACACCAUCAGAUUUGCUAGUGAUAUUAGCUACUAAGUAUAAAGAAAUAUCUUUAGCCUUACCAAAUGAUUUACUUUGGCAAAAGAUAAUAUCAUUAUUUUAUUAUAUGAGGUUUAAGAUAUUUACCAAGAGAUCAUUUGUCGCUAUGAACAAUGGACUAAGUUUAAAAAAAAUAGAUAAUUUUGAAUUGAUUAGAUUGGCAAACCGAAUCAAUUUGCUUUUCCAAAAUAACCAUGAAGCUCUUAAUAACAAUGUUACUGUCAACGAUCUCAUGGAGAAAAUUUUCACCGAAGCAUUGGAUAUCUUUACGUCAAGUUUGCAAAAUGAUACCAUCAAGAAUUUCCUCAUUAAUAAAAUUGGUUUGUUUUUGGAGAUUCCUGCAAGCCAAAUUAGGCUUUUUACAGAUAUUGAUAGUAGCAACUAUCAACCCGAAUUGCAAGUAUUCGACAAUGAAAUACAUAUUGGUAGAAACAAAUUGAUUAUUAAUCAAAUUAAUAGCAACUAUCAGGCAGAUUCUAAAAAGACCCUUGAAAAUUUUGCUCUCACUAAUCAUUCGUUACAUUUACUUGAAAAGCUUUCUAUUAGUGUCAAUCUAGUUGAGCCCGUGUUGCUUUCUGGUGAGACAGGUUGUGGUAAGACAACUGUGGUUCAAAAUUUUGCUAAAUUAUUAAAGAAAAAAAUUGUUGUUCUCAAUUUAUCUCAAGAGACAGAAUCAAAUGAUUUGAUUGGUGGGUAUAAGCCAAUUUUGAAUAAGCAAAAGUCUAUCAUUUUACCUAUUCACAAUAAUUUCUUAGAGUUGUUUGGACAAACAUUCAAUCUACUCAAGAACGAGAAGUUUAUGAAGAUCUUGAAUAAAGAAUUCAAAAAUGAAAAAUUUGGUAACGUCAUCAAGCUUUGGAAAAAGGCUGUUGGUAUGGCUCACGAUUACAUCAACAAGCAACAAGAGAAAUUAUCUUCUGAAGAUAAUCAAAGCAAUGAGAAUGAUAGUUCUGUCUCGAAGAAGAAGAGAAAGUUAAAUGAUAAAUUGGUUUUGCGUCAGCAAUGGAAAGAUUUCGAGGAAGAAGUUCUCCAGUUCCAAAUCCAAUUCGAAAGAUCAUCUAGCGAUGCUAAUUCUCUUCAGUUUGAUUUUAUUGAGGGAUCUUUGGUAAAAGCAAUCAAAAAUGGUGAUUGGGUCCUUUUAGAUGAAAUAAAUUUAGCUUCUGGUGAGACUUUGGAAAACAUCUCUGAUUUAUUGAGCAAUGAGCCACAUAAUAGAAGAUUGUUACUAACAGAAAAGGCCUCAACUGAUAGUGAAAAAGAUGAAAUAGCCAUUGCUCACCCUGAAUUUAGAUUAUUUGCCUGUAUGAAUCCUUCAACAGAUGUCGGAAAGAAGAACUUGGCAGAAAAUAUUCGUUCCAGAUUUAACGAAAUAUUCGUUGACAGCCCAGACAAGAACAGAAACGAUUUGAGGUCUAUUGUUCAUAAAUACUUGUGGAAUCAUUUGGCAGGCGAUGAUUUCUCAAAUAAUGAAACGAUUGAUGAUGUUGUUGACUUAUAUUAUGAAGUCAAAGCGUUGAAUGAUAAGAACCUUUUGGUUGAUGGCUCAAAGAAUAAGAUCGUUGUAAACAUCAGAAUUUUAUCAAGAGCAUUGGUAUUCAGCACAGACAUUGCUAGAACUUACGGCGUGAGACGCUCAUUGUACGAAGCAUUCAACAUGAUUUUGUUAACUUUGUUAGACUCAAGCUCAGAGCAGAUUCUUAAACCAAUUAUUUAUAAAUACACCAUUGGAAAGGCCAAAAAUGUGAAGUCGAUCAUCAAAAGAAUCCCACCAAGACCAAGCCAUUUAUCAGAAGAUAGAGUCAUUCAGUUUGCAUAUUAUUGGUUGGAAAAAGGUGAAUUUGAUGUUGUUGAACAGCCACAUUACAUUAUUACCCCAUUUGUUGAGAAAAAUUUGAUGAAUCUUGUCAGAGCCACUUUAUCCAAGAGAUUUCCUAUUCUUAUUCAAGGUCCAACUUCUUCAGGUAAAACUUCCAUGAUCACCUAUUUAGCUAAGAUCACUGGUAACAAGGUCAUCAGAAUUAAUAAUCAUGAGCAUACUGAUCUUCAAGAAUAUUUGGGCUCUUAUGUCAGUGAUAGUGAAACAGGAAAAUUGGUAUUUAAACAUGGUCCUUUGAUUGAAGCUCUUAAAAAAGGUUAUUGGAUAAUUUUGGAUGAAUUGAAUUUGGCCAGCUCAGAAAUCUUAGAAGGUAUCAAUAGAUUGUUGGACGACAACAGAGAAAUUUUCCUAACCGAAACACAAGAAUUGAUUAAGCCACAUAAGAAUUUCUUGCUAUUUGCUACUCAGAACCCACCAGGUGCAGUUUAUGGUGGUAGAAAGUUCUUGUCUAAAGCUUUCAAGAAUAGAUUCUUGGAACUUAAUUUUGAUGAUAUCCCUCAGGACGAACUUGAAAUUAUCUUGUGUAAUAGGUGUCAGAUUCCUCCAAGCUAUGCCAAAAAGAUUGUUAUGGUAUAUAAGGAAUUGACUAUCCAACGUUCUUCAAACAGAAUCUUCGAGACCAAAAAUAGUUUUGCAACAUUGAGAGAUUUGUUCAGAUGGGGUUCGAGAGAGGCAGUUGGGUAUGAAGAGCUUGCAACCAAUGGCUAUAUGUUGUUAGCAGAAAAGAACAGAAAGUUCGAGGAAAAGUCAAUCAUUAGAAGCGUUAUAGAGAAAGUAAUGAAAGUUAAGCUAGACAUCGAUGAAAUUUAUUCAACCAAAUUCGACAAUGUGAAAGAUGUUUUACUUGAUGAUAAAGCUAAAACUGAAGUCGUAUGGACCAAGGAGAUGAAAAAGUUAUCAGUAUUAAUUAUCAAUGCGUUGAAAAAUAGUGAAAAUAUUUUGUUAGUUGGUGAAACAGGUUGUGGUAAGACGACAGUUUGCAACAACUUGGCGAAGAAUUUUUACAAUCAGAAUCUUGUUUUCUUAAAUGCUCAUCAAAACAUCGAAACGGGUGAUAUUAUUGGUUCUCAAAGACCAUUGAGAAACAGAUCAAAGUUACAACAAACAUUGAGAAUUGAAAUUUUGAAAGAAUUGUCCGCUAUAGACUAUGAUGUUAGUGCUACUAAUGACUGUGAUUUAAACCAGUUGGUAGAGAUCUAUGAGGAAUAUAGGCUGGCUGUCAAGGAUUCCAGUGAAAUUGAGAAAUUGUUGAAGAAUUUAAGGGUUCUAUUUGAAUGGAGUGACGGGCCAUUGGUAAAUGCAAUGAAGAAUGGUGAUAUUUUCCUUUUUGAUGAAAUUUCAUUGGCUGAAGAUUCUGUUUUGGAAAGAUUGAACUCAGUUUUAGAACCAGAAAAGACUUUGUAUUUGACAGAAUACUCAAAUGAUAUUGAUCAAAACUUGAUUGUCGGAAAAAAGGGGUUCCAAUUUUUAGCUACUAUGAAUCCAGGUGGUGAUUAUGGUAAAAAGGAACUUUCUCCUGCGCUCAGAAACAGAUUUACCGAAAUAUAUGUUCCUUCAAUGUCAGAUUUUACGGACGUUGCUUUGAUUGUUGAGUCGAAGUUGAAUGAUUCAGUUAAACAUUUUACUGAAUCGAUAAUCAGCUUUUCAGAAUGGUUCAGCAUCAAAUUCAGCAAUAAUAAUUCAUCUUCUAAUAAUGGUGUUAUUUCCAUCAGAGAUAUUUUAGCUUGGGUUGAGUUCAUUAAUAACGUCCAUAAAAAAGUCGGUCUCGAGGCUUCAUUGGUUGGUGGUGUUUGUAUGGUGUUUGUAGAUGCCUUGGGUACAAAUAAUACUGCUUAUUUGGCAUCUGACAUUACGAGAUUAAGGGAAAUCAAAGAAGAAUGUGUACGAAAACUUUCAGAAUUUUCUAAAUUAGAGCUCUUAGACCUCUAUGAUCAGAAGGUAUCUGUCACAGCCACUGAUGAUUUAUUGAAAAUUGGCUUGUAUGAUUUCCCAAGGGGCUCUGCUACUAUCUCAAGUGGUUCUUUAUCAUUCAAUCUUCUGGCCCCUACUACAGCAAUUAAUGCUAUGAGAGUAUUACGAGCCAUGGUUAUUAAAAAGCCUAUCUUACUUGAAGGUGAUCCUGGUGUUGGUAAAUCAAGUUUGAUUGAUGCUUUGGCAAAAGCCACAAAUAACAAGUUAACGCGUAUCAAUUUGUCGGAUCAGACCGAUUUGGUUGAUUUGUUCGGCUCUGAUGCCCCUAUGGAAGGCGGAAACUUUGGUGAAUUUGUUUGGAAGGAUGCCCCAUUUUUGAGAGCUAUGAAAUGCGGUGAAUGGGUCUUGUUGGAUGAAAUGAACUUGGCCUCUCCUUCAUUGUUAGAGGCUUUGAAUAGUGUGUUCGACUUUAGACAAAGAGUUUAUAUUCCUGAACUUGAUCAAGAAUUUGAGUGUCAUAAGAACUUUAGAGUCUUCGCUGCCCAAAAUCCUCAAUAUCAAGGUGGUGGAAGAAAGGGGUUGCCUAAAUCAUUCAUUAAUCGAUUCACUAAUGUUUAUAUUGGUAAGUUGACAGAUGUUGACAUGGAAAUGAUUUGUCAUCACAUAUACCCAAAUAUUCCGGAAGAAACAAUCAAUAAGUUAAUCAGGUUUGUUUUUGACUUGGAGAAAGAAAUCAACAUCAAAAAGCUAUGGGGUAUGACUGGUGGUCCAUGGGAAUUUAAUAUCAGAGAUAUUAUCAAGUUUCUUGAUGUUGAUAGCUCUAAUGCAUUGGAUUUAGUCUUUGCUCAAAAAUUCAGGUUGGAAAAAGACAGAAAGAAUGUUUAUAGUAUCUAUGAGAAAAUUUUUGGAACGCUUCCUGCUAAAGACUCAUAUUUCCAUAUGGGACCAGAUUUUAUUCAGGCCAAUACUGCCGUGAUGAAAAAGGAAGAAAACACAUCAUUUUCAAUUGAUAGCUCCUUGCUUCCAUUACAAUCCAAUAUUCCAUUGAUUGAGUCAAUUUUCACUUCUAUAAUGAAAAAAUUCCCUGUAUUGUUGGUUGGUCCAACUUUGGGCGGAAAAUCUGAUUUAGUGAAAUAUGUUGCAAAUGCUAUUGGCGCUAGGUUAGAGACGGUUCAUAUCCAUAGUGAAAUUGAUAUAACUGACUUGGUUGGAGGCCUCGAUCAAUACCACAUCAGUAGAGAGCUCUUUCCAUUAAUCCAAGGCCUUGAGAUUUUCCUCAAAGAAUUUUUGGCAAGUGAAGUGGAUUUGGUAAAGUCUUAUUCUAUUUGCAAUUUCUUGGAUUAUUUGAAGUACUUGAGUGAAUUCUUUUCAAAUCACGAUGAAAAAGAGUACGAUGUCAAGUUAGACGAAUUACUGAAUAACUUGAAUGCUUUGACUUCCAAUUUGGAGCUUGAAAGGCUAGUAGCAUUUGGUAAUGAUUUAAAGAAAUUAAGGGAAAGUAAAAGUAAACAAUUCCAAUUCUUUGAUGGUAUAUUGGUAGAUGCAUUGGAGAAAGGAUAUUGGCUUCAUUUGUCUAACAUAAAUCUUGUGAACUCUUCUAUUGUGGAUAGAUUAAACUCAUUGACUGAAAACAAUGGUGUCUUAGUUGUUAGCGAGAGUGGCUCAGCUGAUGGUCAACCAAAGGUUAUCAAGCCUCACCCUAACUUUAGAUUAUUCCUAUCCAUGAACCCAAAGUAUGGAGAGCUUUCUAGAGCUAUGAGAAAUAGGUGUGCCGAAAUUUAUGUGGAAGCAUUUGAUGAGAGAGCGACAAGUCUUGACAGAUUAUUUUUAGGAUUGGAUGAGAAAGUUGAUUUGCCAAGUACCACAGAAAGUGAGACCAUUGAAAGUUCAUUUUCAAAGCUUGCAGUUACUAGAAGUCACGAAUGGAAAAAGGAAAAAUUCUCUAGUUACUUUAUUAGUUCUAAACAGUAUUCAGCAAGAUAUUUGUCCAUGCUAUUAGAUGUCAUGAACAACGCUUCCGCCAACUUGGGGAUCCCAGACAAGGUUGCGUAUGUUGUUGCAAGCUUUAUUCCUUAUGGGCUCUUUGAAGAGAUUUCAGAUUUUGUGAAAUUCGUUGAUGGAUGUGGGAUAUUUAAUUCAAGUGAAAAGCUAUUGGUUAUGAAGCUAUUCAAAUUUUUGGGAUUCCUAAAGGACAUUUCCUGUAUUGAAGAUGAAACUCCACAGUCUGCUUUUGCAAAUGCUCUAAUUAAUUCAUGUGAAAUGAGUGAUGUAACCAAAUUUGCAUCGAUCAAGUUUUUGUACGGCUUUUUUGAAUUUUCUGAAAAAUUCAAAGUUUUUGUGAAAUCUGGAAUUGAUGAAGGAUCAAAACGAUAUUUAUUGGUGAAUGAGGUUUUUGAAUUUUUGAAGCAUUCUGUAACUAGGAAAACUUCUGACGUUGGCUAUGGCAUUUUGUCUACUCUUUGUGUUUGUGGUACUCUUGCUAUAGAUAUAAAGGAACCAGAAAAGUUCAAUUUUAUCAUUGAAAAAAUACAAUCUUCUUUAGAGCUUUUGAAUUCUGUGGAUAAAAGUUUUAGCUAUAGUGAUUUGAAUGCUCUCAAAUCUUUUGAGGUCUUGAACUCUGACUCUAUGACCCGUCUUUGGAAUCACUUUGUCUUGUUGCCAGAUUUGUUCGAAAAGUUAAUCAAAGCAUUGCCUGAAUCUUGGAAGUCAUUUAUUAGAAUAGAAUACCAAAAUGGAAGAAUUAGUGGAGUUUCAUUAGAUUUGAAUUUGUUCAAGAAGUCUCAAAAUAUUGAUAUGAAUUCAAAGGGUUCUUUUAUUAGCGUAUUCAACUCACUUCAAAAAUUGAUAGAGUCUUCUACAACUGCAUCUGGUGACUUUAAUAUUACAGAUGCUUCAUUGAUGCUUUCCUUGAAGAGUGGAAGAGAUCUUGUUUCGUUAACCGACAGUUAUAUCGGAAAGUUGGUAAAGCCGUAUCCUGUUGCUUUGAAUAAUAUUUACAGUGAAAGCUCUUUGGGUAGUAUUCCAUUUGUUGAGGCCACGUUUGAAAGAUUAUUUGAUUUGGAUAAUGUUACUGGUGCUGAUAUUAAAGAUUCUAUUAUGGAUGUUAAAUAUUUGUUUGGUGAAAUCGUGAAGAAUUCAAAUAUUAUCAUCACUGAUCAGUUGAGUUACUAUAAAAAAAUUCUCAGUUUGUGGUUGAAAGAAGUUAUCAUGAGUCAAAUUAUUGAGCUCCCAGACCUCGUUGAAAUUCUAGAAUCUGUUUGGAAAGGUCAAGCUCAACUAGAACUCUUAUUUUCUAAGAUGAAGAAAAACUCCAAGCUCUCUAAAUUGUUGAUGACAUUUGAAAAAUAUUUUAUGCCAUCUUUUAUGAUUGUUUUCGAAGAUAAUUUGAGCUAUGAUAAGCUUGGUAAGGCUUUCAUUUUCUUCAGCACUGGAUUGAUUCAAUUGUUCAUCCCAAGUGCGCCAUAUGACCCAGCUAUUUGUGAGUUCAUUUUGUAUGAUAUUUUUACCAUCAAGAAGCAAGAUUCCGACGAUUAUAAGGCUGCCAUAGAGACUAUUAAAAGAAUUCUUAGUGGUGACCAAAGAAUCUUUUUUGAAGGCAAUCAUGAAGAGGAAUUCGAGAAAAUCCCUAAACCGCGUGUUGAAAGACCACAAGGAGAGUCUAUCAAGAAUUUGUUUGAUGAAUGGUCAUCUUUUAUGGACUCAUCUGUUGGAAGUAUGGCAGUUGAAAGACUUUUAGGUGCCUUAAACACAGAUUUGAAGUCAAAUAAAAUUUCAUUGCUUCAUAAGAGCAGUGAGAGAUUUUUGUUCAAUUUAGCAGAAAAUUUUACUGAUUAUAUGGAUUUGAACUUGAUCUUCAAAGGUGGAAUUUUGGGUUUGAAUUUUGGGUUUUCCCUUUGCAACAUGGAGCAUACCAGUAAUAUAAAAUCUGAUGCUUUGUCUUCUUUGACUUCUUUCAGUGAAUUCUUUUCCUCAAAUAGAGAUGCUUGUACUGCUCUCAGAUCAUUUGGAUUUUUUUUCAAUGAAAAAAUGAAUAACGAUGCUUUCUUGGAUACUCUUAAUAGUAUUUUAUUUGAAUCUUUCGCAAAAUGGAAAACAGAAAGAACCAAAAAGGAAGCUGAAGAAAAGGAAGCCUCAAAUGUCUACAAAUUUAAGGGAGAAGAAGAAGAGGACCCUGAAAACGCUUACCAAUCUUACUUCCCAGAUUAUGAUGAUGAAAAUUCUAUUCUUGCUGAUGAAGUUCAAUAUUUCAAUCCUGAUGAUGGCCCAUUUGUCUCCACCGUGUUCUCAAAUGUUUUCAUGUCAAGAUCUGACACGACUAUAAGCGGAAUUGUUGACGUGAUUAACGAAAAAUCAUUCUCUUCCUCCAAAAAGUCAGGGACUGCCACUCCAUCAAUGGUUUCUAGUUUGUUGAAUAAAAUGUGGAAGGUUGUUGAAAACCAUGAGUCUCAAAGUUUGCAAAGCACUGAUUUCUACUUCAAGCCAAAUAUUUAUCAAUUCAACAAAUGCUUGAGCAUUGUUGAUGACAUCAGAACAGAAGUGUUGAGAUUACUUGAACAAUGGCCAGAGAAUGCAACUUUGAUAAACAUUGGUACUGCUUGCAAUGAAUUGAGAACUUACAAGUCUACAACCACUCUCGCCAGAUUGAUAACGAAAAUGGAACAGAUCCUUAAGUUCCUAGAUGAACUUGUUCAAUAUUCUAGCAAUUUAGAUAAGAAAUUGAUGCAAAGUUUUAUUGGUAGAGUGACUUCAUUGAUUGUUAGUUGGAGGCAGAUUGAACUUGGCUCAUUCAACAAUUUGAUUAACAAUGAACACGAGCUCAUCGAAAAGAAAUUGGUUGACAGUUACUAUCUCUUAUUUGAAUUGCUUGUUGUUAGUUAUGCCAGUGGAGAGAAGCAGAUUGAAGAGAUUGUGUCUUUGUUGAACAUGUUUAUGAGUAAUUCCACACAGGGUGAAUUUGAGGGUAAAUUGAACUUAUUGAAAGCCUUUGAUGUUUAUAUCCAACUUUCAUUCAAGAUGGAAACGGACCUCCUUCAAAAUAUUAUCAGUUUCUAUGAGCAGUUUUUACCAUCUAUAAAAACUUGCCUUGAAGAGACCGUAUCUAAAUUGACAAAAGAUAUCAAUGAAGUUAUAUUAUUAGCAUCUUGGAAGGAUGUUAACAUUGAUGCAUUGAAGGAAUCAUCCAGAAAGUCUAAAAGAUCACUUUACAAGGUUGUUAAGAAGUAUAGAACUGCUUUGUCUAUUAAUGUUCGUCCGAUUAUUGAAAGUGGAUUGGAUUAUCAGUUGAGUCAAAUAGAGUUUAUUUGUCAACCUACAAAGAAAAUGGAGACAACUCAGUUAGCCUUGGCUAAUGAUAUUUGGUUGAAUCAGCCAAAAUUAUUAUUGAAUCUUUCUAGUUUUCUUCCUAAGGUAUCUGUGCUUCACAAUGAAUUGGAAUGUGAAGAAUUCCCAGAAUUAUUAGAGUUCUGCAAAUCUAUUUUGGGUGAAAUGGAUCGUCUUAGAAAAGCAACACCAAAGGAGAUGAACGAUGAUAAUAAAAAAAUUGUUAGUGCUUUGAAGACAGAGAAGAGACUAUUGUUAAGCUCAACUAUCAAAGAUUUGAAAAAUAUGGGAUUGAAGACUCAAGAAAUUCAAAAAUACAAAUUGACUGCAAUUUCUAUUUUGGCUAAAGGAGAUGCUUUUGAAGAAGUCGAUGAUAACAUUUUCUUUAGAGUUUUGGAUUUGUUACCAAGAUUGAGAAAUUCUGUGGCUGAAUGUGCCGAGGAUGUUCCUAAAGAAGAUGCAGCUAAGGGUCUUGCUAUUACUGAAAAUUUGAUAUUCUCCUUAUUUUCUUUGAGAAAACCUAUGAAGCAGCUUUUGAGUUACAAAAAGAAGUUGACUUAUAAUAUUAGAAUUUUGGAAGCUUUUGCUUUGCAGGUCAAUGAUGAUGUUGUUAAGCCUUCAAAUUUGAUCUCAUCCAAGGAAAAGGCUUUAAUUUUUAUUUCAAAAUUCUUACCUAAAUUGAUUGAUUUUGCAUUAGAAACUAUUCAAAGAAGUACAAAGAUGCUGAAAUUCAUUGUUUCUAGUGACGUAUUAAGCUUUCUUAAUAGCGCAAGAAGUAGCUUCAUUGAAUUUGAAUCUUCAUAUGAUCCAAGCCUUAUUCUUACCGUGUCAAAGCUUAACUUAUUGAGUGAAUUUGAGAAUAGAUUGAAUGAUUUUAGCGUCAAUUUGAGGGAGGUUUGUGGUAAAACUCCAGAGCUAUCAUUCAUUUUCGAGUUAUUAGAUAAUUGCACGAAGGAAGGCGUUAAGUAUUCUGUUUCUGAUGAAAAGGAAUUAAACAUCCAUGCAUUUGAUAUUGUUCUUGAAGGAGCCAUUGAUUUAAGUAAAUCUAUUACGGUGGCUAUGCAGAAGAUUAAACAACUACAAUCUGAGGAAAUUGACGUCGAUACUGAAAAGUAUUUUAUUAAAACUCAACAAAGAUUUGUGAGCUACAAAAAUCUUUUAUAUCUCGAUCAAAUUGUUGGUAAGAUGGAUUCAUUGAUCUCCAAAAUUUCGAACUCUAAUCAUGAAGGUACUUUUGUGUCGGUGAUUCAAUAUUAUUUGCCACUUAUCAAUGAAUACAAUAAUUUUACCUACACCAUUGCCAAGAGAUAUGUCGAUAAUUAUGUCGAUGUUUCAAAAUCCACUUAUAUAUUAGCUACUGCUUUGUCUAGACUUGCCACUAAUGGAUUCUGCUCUCCUCAAAACUCAUCUGAACAGGAUGAGCAAACCGAAUCUGGUUCCGGUGGUGGGCUUGGUGAUGGUAUUGCUGCUGACAGUAAAACAAACGAUGAUGUCGAUGAAGAUGAUUUAGAUGAAGAUGAUUUUACUGCCAACAAGGAUGAUGAAGAUGAAAAGGAUGAUGGUAUGGAUGACAAUGAAGAAGAUAAGGCUAUUGACAUUGAAGGUGAUAUGGAAGGCCAAAAUGAAGAUAUGGAAGCCCAAGAUGAUGAAGAGAAGGAUGAAGGCGAUGCCGAAGAUCUUGAUGAAGAGGUUGAUGAUUUAGAUGAUCUUGACCCUAAUGCCGUCGAUGAUAAAAUGUGGGAUGAAGAAACCCAGGAUGAUAAAAAGGAAAAAGACUCAAACAAUAUGCCUGACGAUUCAAAGCCGGAUUCUAAUGACCUUGAAGCUAUGGAUGAAGAUAACGAGGCCAGUGAAGGUAAAAAUAAUGAGGAUCCUAACAACGAAGAUGGGGAUGACGAUGAAAACAAUGAAAAUGACGAUGAGGCAGAUGAGGAGGAAGAUGUUGGCCAACAAGAUGAUGAAGUCGUUCAGGACGAAAAUGAGCAAUUGGAAGAUACUGUUCCUGAAACUGAGGCUUUGGAGUUGCCUGAAGAUUUGAAUUUGGAUAAUGGCGAAGAGAAGAAUGAUGAAGAAGAGGACGAAGCAAAUGGUGAUGAAGAUUUUGAUAUGGAUAACGACUUGGACCAAGCGAUUGACAUGGAAGAGGAAAAGAAAGAAGAGAAUAUCAAUGAAAGUGAUGAGAAUAUAGACGAAGACAUGCAAGAAAACCAAGAUGAAGAAAUGAAGGGUGAUCUUGGAGAAGAUGAUUUGAAUGAUGAAGAAGAUGAAGAAAUUGGUGAAGAAAUUGGUGAAGGCGAAGAUGAUGAGGAAAAUGAUGAUAACAAAGAUGGAGAUGAAGAUAUUGAAAAUCCUGAUCUUGACACAGAAAUGGCAGAAGAUAAUGAAUCUAAGAAAAAUGAUGAAGCUGGUGAAGAUAAUGCUGAUGAAAAUGCCGUUGAUGCUAUUGAGUCAAAUAUUGAUGAGAAUAAUGAGAAUAUUGACACGGAGGCUUCUGCUAAGCAAGCUAGUGGUGAGGAACGUGAAGGUGAUCAAGAUUUCGCCGAUAAUGCCAACACCGCAGGUUCAGUUGGCGAUUUCCACAGCCAAUCGGAUAGCAAAAAGAAUGAAGAUAAGUCACAAAAAGAACAGCAGAAGGAAAAGAACGACGAAAGAUUGAAGGAGUCGUUGAAACAACUUGGAGACUCUUUGAACGAAUUCUACAAGAGAUCUGAAGAAAUCUUAGAUUCUAAUGAGGUAUCUGAUGAAACGGAAAUCGAAAAUGCUGCCGAAAAUCCAGACCAAUUACAGCAUUUGGAUAAGGACGAUGACGAUAAUCUUCAAGCGUUGGGUAAUGCCGAAAAGGACCAACUCCAAACCAUUGAUGAGGACAAGAUGAUUGAAGAGAAAGAAGAAGAUAAAGCUGAAGACGGUAGUGCUGAGGAUGAUGCUGCAGGAAAAGAUGAUGACAAUACGAGCUUAUUAGAAGAUAGGGAUUCAGAAACUUUAAAAGAAAAUGAUGACCAAAUUGCAAUGGAUGAAGAUUUGGAAAUGAAUAAGGCUGAUAAUGAGAAGCACCAGGAUGAUCUUGAAAGAGAGCAAGAGAAAGAUGAUUCUGCCGAAAUCGAACUAGAUGAUGAUGAAAGCAUUGAGCAAGAUUCCGAGGAAAUUGAUAAUGGGGAUGGCCAAGAUGAAUAUGGCAGUUCCAAUAUCGUUGACUUGGAAAAAUGCGGGGCAGAUAUCAUUCCUCCAGUUGAUUAUGAGGGUGCUAAUGAAUUAUGGAAACAGUCAGAGUUUGCUACCAAUGAGCUUGCAAUGUUAUUAUGCGAGCAGUUACGUUUGAUUCUUUCCCCAACUAUCAGUACAAAGCUUAAAGGUGAUUAUAAGAAUGGUAAAAGAUUGAACUUGAGGAAAAUUAUAUCAUAUAUCGCUUCUGAUUUCAAAAAAGACAAAAUCUGGUUGAAGCGUACCAAGCCAUCUAAGAGAAACUACCAGAUUAUGAUUUCCAUUGAUGAUUCCAAAUCGAUGUCAGAAAAUCCUCAAACUGUGAAGUUAACUUAUGACACAAUCAGUUUGGUUUCCAAGGCAUUGACGCAAUUGGAAUCUGGUGAUUUGUCCAUUGUCAAGUUUGGUAAGGACACCAGUAUCAUCCACAACUUUAAUAAAAAAUUUGAUGCUAAAUCAGAUGGUCCUAAAUGCUUCCAGUGGUUUGGUUUUGAUGAUACCGUCACGAAUAUGAAGGAUUUAGUGGAAAAUUCCAUUGAGAUCUUUAACCGUAAUGGUAAUGCUUCUUCAAACACUGAUUUGUAUAAAUUGGAAAUUAUUAUAAGUGAUGGUAUUUGUGAGAACCAUUCAGAAAUCUCCAGAUUAGUUAGACGGGCCAAAGAAGAAAAGUUGCUAAUUGUAUUUGUUAUAAUUGAUGGAUUAAAUAAGAAUAAAGAAUCUAUCACCGAUAUGAGCCAAGUGAAGUAUGAAACGGACGAGAGUGGAAAUAUGGACAUGAAGAUAAAUAAGUACCUCGACACUUUCCCAUUUGAGAACUACACUAUUGUUGAUAAUAUCACCGAGUUACCAGAAAUGAUUUGUCAAAUCUUGAGAACCUUCUUCAUGAGUAGUGUUUGA